AUGUCACUGACAGUUGUAUUAACCGCACUUGUGUUCUCACAGCUCCCACUGGAUGGUGAAAGCGUGCGCACCUGCGAAGUGAAUGCUGGAAAAAUCGUUCAUCGGUUCUAUCCGUUGCGGCACUGCCAACGUUCGAAUCGAACCGUAAUCGGGCUUAGCAAUGUGGAAUCUGUACGCGAAUGCGCUGAAUUUGCACGCUACAAACAAGGCCUGGCGUUCAACUAUGCUGAGGCGGGACGAAACACCAGCAACCUGUUCGAUGUUGUGAAGGAACGUGAGCGUAAUAAAACCAACCCCACUCCAUGGAAACCAAAGUCGCCUGCUGUGUCAACAUCGUUGGAGUUCGAGGAUUUUUACAACUGCCAUGUGCUGGAUUGUCCAGAGUAUCGCAAUCUUUCAACGAUUGUCAACGACACACGGUUCGACUAUUACACGCUCUAUGCACGGCAUUUGCCGACUAUGAACUCCACUUGCAUUCCAUCGAUUGGGAUGUUUCUGUUCGAAGACACAAAGUUGAACUUUUCAAAAGCCUACAAUUCUUGUCGCACUUUCGGGGGUAGUCUGGCGCAUAUAGCGAGCGAUAGUAGAACAUUUCACUUGGCAAGAUAUAUCUCAAACGAACCACUUCUGAAUGAAACAACGACCAAUGCUUCGACCAUCUCUCCUGGUGCGAUGGAUCAGUUAUACUACGUCGGUCUGAACGAAACAGAGAAGAAUCGGUUUUUCACUUCAGCUGAGGAGCGUUUGGAUUGCUUCACCUUUCGAGCAUGGGCUCCAGGACAUCCGGACCGAAAUCGUCAUCCUCCUAGCUGCGUUGCAUUAACGGACGAAGGCUCCUGGAAAGUGUUUAACUGCAACCGUACUUUACGUUACAUUUGUGAACUGCAUACUUCUGGUCCGGCUUUGUACGAGCCAAAGCUUAAGCGAAACUGUUCCGUAAAGCGACCAAACAACAGAAUUGCUCCUUCACGACGGCACACGGCAACGUAA